UUGCAAAUAUGGACGAAUUCUAUCCAAAACCAUUUACAGGAAUUGAAUCGUUAUCUCAGAAAAUUUAUAGCUUGGGAAAAUUUCAAGCUAGAGUAGCAGAGAAAUUGGAAGAGGACCUUCAUCGACCUCCACGGCUAGUAGAGGAAUGGAUAAGCUUCUUUUCAGCAGAAAUUAAGGAAAUAUUGGCGAUGGAACAGAGAUUGUAUGAUGAUAAUUCGGUAGAGAGUCUUGGAUUACUUCAAUCAGUGAUUCAACAACUGAAGACGAUGAAGAAAUACAUCGCUGACCAGAUGGAUCCAACUCAUGUUGAUUCAGAUCUAGUAAGUGAAUUGACUCAGAAAUCUUCAAUUUCAUCAGCUGAAUCUGAAGAUGAAUCCAAAGAUGAAUCUCUUGAUUGCAGGUUUCUUCCGCCGUUUUGCUUUAAAGAAGAUGUAGACCCACUUAAUGGUGUGAGUUUACAACCCGAAGAUAUUUCAAAAUCGGUGAUAAAUGAUUUUAACAGAGCGAAUUGCGUCAAAUUUUUUUCGGAAACCCUUGCAAAUGUUGAAUGUUUGAACGAUUUAUUCUUUCUCCACACCAAAAUUCUAGGUAUAGCUUGUUCUCACUUUAAACUUGAUGAUUCUCGCUUGUUAUUUGAUAGAGGUAAAUUUGCUAGUAAAUUGAUUUUUCAAUUGCUUCUUAGCCUUGGGUAUGAUUCAGAAUUGCGGGUUCUAGAUUCGAUUACUCUUUUAUGUGUCAAAUCUGUUGAUAUUCAUGGUAUGAGGAAGGUGUUUGUUCAAAUGUUAGAGAGAGUGAACUUGAGUGUUGUUGGAGAAAAUUUUAUCUGGCAGCUCAAAAUGGGUAAAGCAUUUGAUCGUGACAAAGAUGAUAUUCUCUUACAACUUAAACAGGGGGUUAGUCGAUCUGCAAGUGGGAGUUCUAGUUCUUCCUGUAUGUGAGCAGUUAAAGGGGAUUUUGGCAUAUCAAGCAAAAACAUAUUAUCGUUGGGCCAAAUUUCUUAUAAGGAGCAUGAGAACUCAGGUCUUGUUCAUGGUGUUUCAUUUUCGAUAUUUGUGGAUGCUAAUGUGUGAGAUUAAGAAUGUUCAUGAGUUGUCUCAUCAAAUGCUUGAAAUGUGGAUGGAGGGUUAUUUCUGGAUAGAUAUUUUAGUAAGCAAAGUGGGGACUAAGGUUUUACCCUUGGUUGUUCAAGCUCUGAAUGGGUAUUGGCUGUUUUGGGACUAUUUGAAGUGGAAGUUCAAGUUGUACUCUACAGGCCUGUGGAAUGUGGAUCACAAUACUUGCAAACAGUUUAUGAAGGUAGUCUUGAAUUCAGCUGGUAAUUAUCACUACCUGCUGCUUACUCAUUUGACCUACGGGAUCCUUAUUGUUCAAGGGGAAGUGGGGUUGAUUUAUCAACCAAUGGGAGGCUAUAUCAAGCUAGAAUUUUAUGACAGAAUGGUGACAAUUCAGUUGAUGUUUCUUUACACUCCAUCGAUGUUUGUGUUGGUGGUUUUAUUGAGAUGGAAUUUGUUCUUAACAAGCUUUUGCAGUACUGAAGAUGUUAUGGUGUUAUGCUUUGUAGCCCAUCCAUAGUCUCUGUAUUCCACAUCCUGAAAAUAUUAAGGCUGGCGGUCUUUGCGAGGAGGGACUUCAAGUUUUUUUCUAAAGGGUUAUGGGGUGUGAAACAUGUUAGUGUUGAUAAGAGUUUUACAGUGGUGUGCUUUGACUUAAACUGGUUUAGAAACAAGUUGUUCUGUGAAGCUGAGGUCCAUAAUAAACUUGCAACAAUUAUUUGGAGAGAAGCAAGCUGGCACUUGGGCUCUGCGAUUGGAGAUUUAAGUACAACGAGUCAUAGAGGGACAAAAAUUCUUUUAUGAAGGGGAGAAAAUCAUCUCACAAAUGUUGAAUCCAAUUUCCCAAUUGUGUUACUGUUGUUGGUCUCGCUGGAGUGGGAAGGUGCAAUAAAUGGUGAUGGUCAGCUCAAUGGGGUGCUUCUGUUUAAUUCUGGUCAGGUUGAGACCUUUGAUGGCAAGACAACAAGGUCAAUUUUCACUGAGUUCUCUGCUUCCACUCUUCUUAUAGAACUCACAGGUGAAGUCCAGAUUGGUUUUGAAGUGUGCACAAGGACAUUUAUUGUCCUUGCUAAAUUUCUGGAGUUAUCUAGUUCAUUUGUGUUUGAUAGAGGAAGAUCUUUUUCAAGUCAUGUGUGGGGUUUGGGGUACCAAUCAGUAAAGGGGAGUAGUUGGACAUAAAUUAUGGUGCGAAAGGGAGUAAUUCAGGACAUACUUUCCAAGAUUCAUUUUCAGUUUGAACUAAUGGCAUUCAAGCCCAAGCAUGGUCUUCAGUGGCAAGUAUAUGUUGUGCUCAUUCACAGAUGGGAUCCAGCAACAGCCGUAGGGAAUGUCCAUGAUGUAAUACAAGCUGAAAUGGGGGCGCAUUCCAAAUUGGCCACUGUUGCUUACAUUUGGCUCGGUUAUGCGAUGACGAUUAUGUUUAGUAGGGUAAUUCAUUUACAAUUGGUGAAAGUUGACUACAGACAAGUAAGGGUCCCUUGUGCUAAUAAAGGCAAGAUAACAGUGCCACUACGGACAGAAGUUGCAGUCUCCGUCAGGCUAGUUCCUCAAGGAAGGACUGGAACUUUUCAAGCAGACUACCGUAAUCACUGUGACAAAGAAGAGGACAUGAAAAUCCUUAGUUCUUCCUUAGCUGGAGUGAGCCACUUGGAUGGUGGGAAGUACAGACUAUUAGUGAUCCGCUACAGUUUAGACAGUGAGCAAGAGUUCUCGAUGCCAGCCAUUUCAUAUGCACCUGUGUUAUGCCUGUGUUAUGCAUUUCAACAUGACGGUUCUUCUCACUGGCAUUUUUGUAGAGCAACUGUUACAGACGUCUGUCCAGCGGCGCUUACACCUUCCCAGAUAUAAGACAACCUUGCGAUCCAAUUCCUCAUCCUCGAGGACAAGGAUGUUUUAGAGGGAAAGGCAUUGUCAUGUACCUUACUAUUGAGAGAAGGGUGCCCUUAUCACAUUCAGUGUCAGUGUUUAGUAUUAUCCUUAUUUGUAGUAAUUAGCUUAUUGAUGGGUGUAUUUAUCAAUUGUAUGGAUGGCUUGGAUGUAACCAUCUGUUGGGAUUGUAGCCAUUAGAUGUAGGUUAGAUUGUCUCUAGAUUUAUAAGCGAAUUGAGUCUGUAACGAGGAGUCCAAUCAGAUUAUUAAUCAACAGAACUUUGUUCUUCUUUA